CAUCUUUUUAAGGCUCGUUCUCGCAGAGAUUCUUCAACCUCAUCACCAUGGCUCCUUCACCCCUGCCUUCGAAUUUGUUCUCUGCUUCAUCUUCAUAUUCUUCUCAAUCUUUCUACUUGAUCACAUUUCACUCACAACCCCAUUUUUCAAACAGAUUUCGAGGUCAAAAAUUGAAAAUUUCUUGCACAAAAUCCGUUCAACACGAAACCAACCCUGUAAAGAAGAAGAGAAAACCCAGGCCAAGCUUUAUUGAAAAAAUUCAAGAUAAAUGGUCCCUCAAAAUCCCUUCUUUAAGAGAGAAAUUCCCUUGGGAAGAACAUAAACAAGAGAGUGAUGAUUCGAUUCAGGAUUAUGAAGAACAUCUGCUGCCGUUAUCUGAGGGUGUCGUUACUGUGACAGUAAGUGAGGACAAUACUUCUGGGGAUAGCUCUGCGAGCUCUAGUUCAAGAAAUAAGUCGAUUUUAGCUCCUUGGGUUCAUGGAAAUAAACCAAGGAAGGACUUGCCUGAUUCUCAAGCUACAGAAAAAAUUCAAGAAGAAAGUAAUCAUAGAGGGCAAAACCUUGAUGGGUUUUCUGAGCAUUGUAAAAAUGAUGAAGCUUUUGGUAGUGUUGUUGAAGACUCUGGGGAUUUGAUAAAGGGAGUUAAAUUAGAUUGCAAUUGUGAUGAAACAAGUGGCAAGGUUGAUACUAUCCCUAUAGGAUUAUCAGAAAAAUAUGAGAUUUUGAUUGAAGACGAGAGUGAAGAUGCCUUUUUUGUGGAGGAUUCACGGAGCAUUUCUCAAGAAUUCAGCAGUAAAAAAGGAUCAGAUGAUGUUAGUGAUUCUAUGAGAUUACCAUGGCAGAGAGGAACUAAUGAGGACCCUGUGAAAGAGGAGAAGUUAAGGAAGAGUAAUACAGAGUUGGCAGAAAAAUUGAUACCGGAACCUGAACUGAAGAGGCUUAGAAAUGUGGCAUUGAGGAUGGUAGAGAGAAUGAAAGUCGGGGCAGCGGGAAUAACACAAGCAUUAACCGAUGCAAUCCACGCGAAAUGGAAGGACGAGGAAAUCGUAAAAUUGAAAUUUGAAGGGCCUCCUUCAAAGAACAUGAAGAGGACACAUGAGAUUCUUGAGGCUAGAACUGGAGGUUUGGUUAUAUGGAGAUCAGGAAGUUCGGUAGUUCUAUACAGAGGAAUGUCUUACCAACUUGAUUGUGUGCAAGCAUAUAGUAAACGUAUUCAAGCUGAUAUUGAGGCUAGAUCUUCGUCAGAUUCUGUUAAUGAUGUUACUCAAUGCGGUAACGUGAAACUGUUAUCUGGAGCUGCAGAAUCAUCUCAAAAUUAUACUUCUAAGUAUUUGAAUGGUCUAUCUGAAGAGGAGCUAAUGGAUCUAAGUGAGCUCAACCUUCUUUUAGACGAGCUUGGUCCAAGGUUCAUAGAUUGGUCAGGUCCGGAACCGCUGCCUGUUGAUGCAGACUUGCUGCCUGCUGUCGUUCCAGGAUAUAGACCCCCAUUUAGACUACUUCCCAAUGGGGUUAGACAAGCAUUACGGAACAAAGAAAUGACAUAUUUUCGCAGAACUGCCAGAAAAAUGCUUCCACAUUUUGCCCUCGGAAGAAACAGAGAAUUGCAAGGUCUUGCUAUGGCCAUGGUGAAGUUAUGGAAGAAGAGUGCUAUUGCAAAGAUAGCCAUCAAACGCGGUGUACAAAAUACUUUGAAUGAAAGGAUGGCGGAAGAACUUAAGGUUUGAAAUAGAUCAUGUACUAGUU